GCGGGCAUGUACAUCUUUGGCGAGAGCUACGUCAAGUACAGCUACUACGCGUACAGUAAACCGUACUGCAGAGUCCCCGCGUACCUCGUCGGGAUGGCGUUCGGUUUCGUGAACGAAUCCUGGGCGUCCGACCCGUCCAAGGUCCCGGACUUCAGCCGUUCGCAAGGCGCGUCGUUCCUCGCCGCCGCGUUCGUCGCGCUUCUCGCGUGCGUGUUCGCGCCGCUGUCCGACUACCGCGAUCCCGAGAGUUGGCCGCCGUGGGCGAACGGCGCGUUCCUAUCCCUCGUCCGACCGACGUGGGCGGCGGCGCUCGGCGUCCUCACGACGUCGUGCGCGCUCGGGCUCACGCCGACGUUGAACGCGUUCCUCGCCGCGCCCGCGUGGACGCCGUUCGCGCGGCUGACGUUCGGCGCGUACCUGUUCCACCCGGUCGCGAUCAAGUGGUUCGCGGGCACCGCGACGUCGACGUAUCACUUCUCGAUCCACCACGUCUUGAGCGACGCGGCGUUCAACGCGGUGUGCGCGUUCGCGUGCGCCGCCGUGACGUGGUUGGUCGUGGAGAGGCCGACGAUGAGCGCGACGAGCGGGUUGACGUCGAGGCGACGGGCGGGGGCGUGACGAAAAGUGAUAGAGCCCGUCGAGAUUGAAGAGGCGCGCGCGUGGUGUAGUGUGAAUAGUUUUCGUGAGACUGAAUCGUUUCGUU